UCUCUGAGCGUCCGACUACAAGUCAGUCGGUGUCUGUUCGCGCACCAUGGAUAACCUUCCGCGCCGCGGGCCUACGGGUUUCAGAAGACGUCACCUAGUGACAGUCCUCGCGUUCCUUGGGAUCUUCAUCAUGGACAAUCUCAGGUGGUCCUUCGUCAACGCUAUUGAUCCCAUGACAACUCCCUACAAAGUUACCCUAGACAACGGAACAGUUGUGGAGAAAAGAAACCUCGACUUUGAAAUGCAGGUGGUAUCACAUGUCGUGAGCUCCUCCUUCUACGGAUAUGUCGCCUCUCAGAUUCUAGGAGGGUGGCUAGGUGCCUGUCUGGGUGGCAGUGGAGUGUUCGGUGCGGGGGUGGCCUUCACAGCACUGUUUUCUCUUGUUAUGCCUAUUGUGGUCCAUGGAGGCACGGCCAACUGGGUGAUAGCCAGCAGAGUCAUUCAGGGUCUCUUUAUGGGUGUCACAUAUCCGAGUAUUAUCGCCGUCUGGUCUCGAUGGGCGCCUCCCCAGGAGCGGGCUCGCCUGGUUACCAUCGCCUUCUCGGGCAGCUAUUUUAGUAUCGUAGUCAACCCCCCAGUUUGCCGCCUAAUCGCCAAUACCCUAGGUUGGACGAUUAUCUUUCACAUUACAGGUAUACUCGGGUUUAUAUGGUUUGCUGUUUGGUGGACUGUGGUGAAGGACAAACCGGAAGACGACCCUCACAUCUCCACAGAGGAACUAAAGUACCUUAGAGAUAAUCUUGAUUGUGGACCUAAUGACUCUAUUCCUAAACAUAUUAUCUAUCCUUGGGACAAGUUCGUCACGUCGAUGCCUGUAUGGGCCAUAGUUGUGGCUCACACCUGCGUGAGCUAUGGCUUCAUUUCACUGUCCAUUGUGUUGCCGAUGUAUAUGAGAGAUACAUACAACUACCGGUUAGAUAGAACCGGAUUCUUGUCGUCCCUGCCUUAUCUACUGAUAGCUGUCCUGAUGCCGGUCGCUGGAACAUUGGCUGACUGGUUGAGGAACACAGAAGUGCUCACUACCACACAAGUGCGGAAAACUUUCAUCUGUAGUACCUUCAUAAGUCAGGCGAUACUGAUUUUGCUUGCACGAAACUUAAACUCCGUCAACGGUACGUUAGUGUGUCUGAUACUGGCCUUAGGGCUGUCAGCGUUCGCCUGGGCUGCCUUCAGUGUAAAUCACCUGGACAUAGCACCUCAGCAUGCCAGUGUUCUAAUGGGAUUUUCCAAUACAUUUGCAAGCAUUCUAGCCUUUCUGAGUCCUAGCGUUAUUAUCUACUUCAUAAGAGAUGGGUGGCAGUACACUUUCUACACAAUCAUCGCUGUCCAUCUCUUUGCGGCACUCUUCUACUGGGCAUUCGCCUCAGGAGAGAGACAGCGCUGGGCUCCCCCUGCACCUACCCCGGAACCAGAGAGUAUACCACUCCAACAACGAAGCCAUGUCAUCUGAUUCUGUAUGAGGAAUUGUAAUUAAACUUUUGUUAUGUUUUUUACUGAGCUCUAAUUUUAAUUUUAUAUUCAAAACUAUGUACUAAACUAUAGCUACAGUGCACAACUACUGUUUUGAAACCUAGUUGGAUAUUUUAGAGGACUAAUCAUAGAGUCCAAACAUAAAUAAAAUUCUAUAUAAGAAUAUGACUUAAAUGCUUAGUUUUUCUUAGAUACACAUACAAGCUACACAUAUUUUAUGUCGCGUCACAAUUGUCCUAGUUAGAUUUAAGUAAUGAAAAUACAAAUUAUGAAAAAUGUUCAUAUUAAAUAUGGACUAUUAGAUUACUGAUUAUUGUAAACUCUGACAUAGUGAAAAGCUUCCCAUACCAUGUGUGAGGUUUGCGAACAUUUAAAGAAAUUGCAAUCAAGUACUCUACACUGUCUCUCCGUUCCAUGACAUAUAUAUUCCACAUGUACUUCAACUGAUUUAUCAUCCUGAUCGAUGUUCAGUAGUUGAGGGCUAAGACUGUGUUUGAUUAUUUAACCACAAUGAAGAUAGUUAUUUUUGCCAAAGUCUAAAAGUGACCACAUAAACCAAUUAUUUGGGUAUCGCUAUGGAUCACAAAUUGAAAUGAGGAUUAAAUUUAAACGAUCUGGGUAAAAGUUUAAAAGUUAUAAUUAGCAAACUCUAGUACUUAAGCAAUAUCCUUCUGCUUAUAUAUUAAUUAUGUAUAAUCUUUGCUGUAGUACGGACUUGAGUUAGGGGGUACAGCUUUCAUGUAUAGUUUGCAAAGAAAUCUCAAAUGGCAUUUUUUCUCAAUUACAACACAAUUUCUAAAUUUCCGAUAGCCUUUUGCUAAAUAAAUAAAUACCUUUAAUCCCAAACAACUUUUUAUAUCAAACAUAAUUAAUACCUUUUAUCUAAAUCUUUUAAAUUAGCAAACUCAAAAACAUGAUAUAGAUUUCGAAAAAUAAAAAUAUAAACUCCGAAGAUUUUAUACGAGUUUAUAAAAUAUUUCCCUCGUAAUACUUAUGGGAAAAAUUCACUGAUUUACAUUAUUCCCAAAUUAUUUAAUCAAUCCUAAAGAAUUACUAACAUUUAAAUAUUGUUACAAAGUUAAGCCUUACACACUUUACGUUGCUUGAAAUUGUAAAUAAUGACUAAUAUUAUGAGUAGACAUGUGAAUAAAGUAAUACUAUUAUCAUUGUCAAAUAGUUUACUCUAUCUAUACGCCGAAUACUAUAAAUUAUGAGUAAGCAAUGCCGUUGACACAUUACCAUAGGUUAUAAUAUGGUGCCAUUAUAAUGGAUGAUGUCGUAACACAUUCUACUCUCAAACCAAGACAUAAACAAUUGGACAUCUAAAUUCACUUGUCAUAAAUUGUUUCGUAUAAUAAAGAAUAAUUUAUUUUCCUUCAUGUUUUGGCCAAAUAUAUUAUAUAAAUUAUAAUAUUAGAUAUAUAACGAUGAUAUUAAUACAUAUUUCAAAUUAGAAUCAACAAGGCCUGAGCCUUCCGCUCCCUUUUUCUAAAUAAAUAACAAGAAUUUUAUUUAUGAGCAAUGAUUGAAUUUACGAUGCAGCUUAUAUGUUGUUCUAAUGCCAAGUCAGUACCGGUACCAGGUCAAAAACCAAAUUGAUUGUUAAAGAAUAAGUUAAAGUCUUUAGUUAAAAUAUAAAAUAUUAUAAAAUAUCUUAGCUAUGUUAUUGAUAAGCGAUAUUGGGCUAAUUAUGGGACAUCAGUGUCAUACCCGUUCUUAUACACACGUAAAAUUACAGCAAUUUUAAACUCAUCAGGAAUACUCCCUGUUCAAGAAACUUUUGUGAUUACAGUACAAUAAUGGUACAAAUAUGUCUAUAUUAUUCUUAAUAUGUUACUUAUAGCAUAUUAUAUAUAUUAUAUUAUAUUAUAUAUAUUAUAUUAUAUAUAUACUUAUAGCAGAUAUUCAUUCGUAUGAAACCAGAGGCCGAGGAAACUACCAGACUCGUAAACACAUAACGGUGGUUUAUGAACAUCUACCCUCACAGGCAAGUGUUCAUUUUAUCAACAAGCUGCCUAAUUUUUCAAAGAAUGCCGUGACACCCUAUGUGCUAAUAACUUGUUUGGAACACUCUUUAGCUUCACAAACAUUUUAUAAUAUUACCGAGUUUUUGGCAUUUGACUGGGAGAUCACUGAUUGACUUCGGUUCUGUAGGUGGAGAAUUGGCAAAUGGAUGAAUGAUGCAUGAUUGUCGAAUUAUAUGUUUGAGUGUGAUCCUGAUGAGGUACGAAUGUACAAAAUUGUUAGCUCUGAAGUCGAAUUGACUUUUGCUAUAUGUUCAUGUGCUAUAAUAUAUGUAUAAUACAUGUGCUAUAUUAUAUAUAUAUAUAUAUAUAUAUAUAUAUAUAUAUAUAUAAUACUAUUUUGUAAUUCAUAUAAUUUUUUAAAAUUGCUUGAUCUCUAGUCUAGUUUUACUUUCCUUUGUUAAUAGCUACAGACACUUACGCCAGAAGCGUGUUCGCUUUUCUUUUUGUUAAUUAGUAAGUAUUUCUAUUUAUAAGAUUUACAGUAAACAUGGGUACCCAACGAUAAAUUAUUUGUAGAUUGUUGGGAGCCAAGAAUGUGUAUAUUUUUUGCAAAUAAAAUUCUUGACACUUCUUGA